AUGGAGGAGGAGGAUAUAAAUCAUGCCAUCUUUCUAUGCCCGCCGGCCCGACAAGCCUGGGCUUUAGCUCAUGUACCAGUGAGGCCGCAACUCUUUCCGACGAGCUCUGUAUAUGCUAAUGUUGAUCAUUUUCUAGAUCCCAUAAGUCCGGGUUCACAGGUUCAGGUUUUUCCUUGGAUGAUGUGGUAUAUUUGGAAAACUCGAAACACCCGUGUUUUUGAAAACCAGGCUGAACGUCCUGAUGAGGUUGCCCGGGUGGCGGAGGGUGAGGCUUUGUCCUGGCAGGAGGCUCAGGUAGAUGUCGAGGGGGAGGAGUUUCCCUCCACUACUACGGGUCUAACACCUGGGUAUAGAAGGGGUUUAUCUCUUCCUACGAUUUUUAUGGGACAGAGAUGUUAUGUUGACGGCUCUUGGAAAGCGACAGAUGUUUUUGCCGGUGCAGGAUGGUGUUGUAUUUCAUCAGAAGGAUCGCCCCCAAUGCUUGGAGCGACAAAUUUCCGGCGAAGUUUAUCCCCGUUACAUGCAGAAGUUAAAGCCUUCAUCUGGGCGAUGCGAUGUAUGAUUGGACAUGACUUCCGGGAUGUGGCUUUUCUUACCGACUGCUCCGACUUGGUGAAGAUGGUGUCUUCCCCAACUGAUUGGCCAGCUUUUGCAACAUAUUUAGACGACAUUCGGAUCGACAGGGAGGAGUUUUCUUCUUUCUCUUUGAUUUAUGUUUCUCGUAAUGCUAAUGUACGAGCAGAUUCUUUAGCACGUCAAGCGCGUGUGUCUCUGCAUCAUGUUUUGUUUGUAUACAAUUUUCCUCCUAAUUGA